GCUUGAAAAUUGUUUUUUUUACUCGACAAAAAGUCGAAAAUUCUGCUGUUAAACCAAACCCCUUGUCUUUCUCAAGUGUUUAAAGCGCAGUUCAUAAAAUGGGUCGCAAAAAGAAGAAGGCCUCAAAGCCCUGGUGCUGGUACUGUAAUCGUGAGUUCGAUGAUGAGAAAAUUCUGGUGCAGCACCAGAAGGCGAAACACUUCAAGUGUCAUAUAUGCCACAAAAAGUUGUACACAGGCCCAGGGCUCUCCAUACACUGUAUGCAGGUGCACAAGGAGACGGUGGACAAGGUGCCAAAUUCGCUGCCCAAUCGUUCCAACAUCGAGAUCGAAAUCUUCGGCAUGGACGGCAUUCCGGCGGAGGAUUUGCGGGAUCACGAGCGCCAAAAGAAUGGCGGCAAAUCCGAUUCGGAUGAUGAUGAACCGGCCGCCAAGAAGAAAGUUGAAUAUCCCAUGUCUGUGCCGCCACCGAUGAUGAUGCCGCCAAAUAUGAUGCCGCCGCACAUGUUGGGCCAAUAUGGCAUGGGCAUGAUGCAGCAUAUGCCGCCGUUGCCUCCAUAUCCGAUGCCAAUGAUGCCACACAUGAUGCCACCGCGACCGUUAUUCCCAUCGGCAAUGGCAACAACCUCAGCGGCAGCAGCCGUGCAUCAUCAUCAACAGCAGCUGCAACAUCAACAGCACCAACAGCAGCAACAUGCCGCUGCGAUGGCACAGCACAAACCCACGUUUCCGGCUUAUAGCAAUGCCACAAUAAGUGCACCGCCAACCACCAAUAAUGCUGGCAUCGGCGGCGGUGCGGCGUCAAACGCUGCACCCGCCUCUGCACUGGAUCCACAUACUCAGGGACGGCCACCAAAUGUGGCUGGGAAUAAUCCAGCAGCUGGUGGUGUUGGUGGUGCCAAUGGCAGCGUUGCCACCGCUCUUACCACAAAGAUCAUGCAUCCGGCAGAGGAUGCCAGUUUGGAGGAGUUGCGUGCCCGCCAGCCAAAGUAUCAGAUGCGACUGGCUGCCGCAAGGGCCGCCAAUGCAGCGGCGCUCCAAAAGCCACAAAAUAACAGCAGUAACAACAGCAAUAACAGCCCCAGCAUCAUCAGCAGCCACAAUAAUGUUAAUGCUAAUGGCGGCAAUAGUGGUGGUGGAGCUGGUGUUGGUGGUGGUGGUGGAGGUGGUAGCAGUGGCAGUGCUGCCUCAUCGAUGCCAUCAACGCCGCCACCGCCCUCACUCUCCGGCAUCUCGCCGACAUUGACGACGACGACGACGGGCAGCAGUUCUGCUGCUGCUGCUGCGGCGGCCGCGGCCGCUGCGAAUGCAAUCGCUGUGAGCACGGCGAUCUCCAAGGCACAGGAAACCGCCGCUUUGGUGGCCGUGGCGCAGGCGCACGCACAGGCAGCACAGGUCGCUCAGGUUCAGGCCGCCCAUGUCCAGCAUAUGCAGGCACAGGUGCAGGCUGCUCAGGUGGCACAAGCCGUUGCUGUCCAGCAACAGCAGCAGCAGCAGGCGCAACACCAACAACAACAGCAACAGGCGCAACAACAACAGGCACAACACCAACAACAACAACAGCAGGUGCAACAACAGGCGCAACAACAACAGCAACAGCAGGCCAAACAACUGGAGGAACUGAACCGGGCUGUGAUGAUGCAACGUUUGCAGGCGGUGCGUCAACAGGGCAAUCCGGGCGCAGCUGCUGCGGCGGCUGCUGCCGCUGGCCUGGGCAUGGUAAGUGUUAAACUUGGCCAAGUGCUGCUUGCACAGCGCUCGCCGCUGCCGCCAACAACGACAACAUCUCUCUCUUUUCCAACCUUGACUAAAAAGUUAUUCUCGAUUCUCACAACAUCGUUAUCAAAUAUUUAUAUAUAUGUAUAACGUGUGUAAUAUGAUUUAUCCAAUCAUUCAGAAUGUUUUGGGGCUAUAGGCGCUAGCAUAGCUAUAGUCUUUAUCUAUUCUUUUACUUUUGUGUAUUUCCAGUUUAGCGAUUAUCACAUCAUCAGAGUUCACUUCCUCAUUCAUUAUUACAAAGCUCAGGCAUAUUUGCUGCUUAGCAGUCAUUCAAAACUAUAGUUUCAUUAAGUGUUGUAUACGUUGGAAAGCUAGGCGACAGAAAAUCUCAAUAAUAUGUAAUUUCUGAUUAAAUAUGAAUAUGAUAACUGUGUUAUACGUUUCUCUUUUGUAUAAAAACAAUUUCUCUCUCUUACAAAACCAGAUAACUCUGUGUUAUAUAAAUAUUUUGCAUAUUGUACAAUAACUUUCCUUAAUUUAUAUAAAUUUUGCAAUGGUUGAAAACUCACCAAUUAUGAUCGUGGCAUAAUUUUAUCUAUUUUACAAAAUCGGUUUGAUUUAUAUAAAAAGAUAUGUUUUCCAUUUCUUAUGAACUUCGUAUUAUCUAUUGUAUAAAAUAUUUUCCUGAUUUUUUGUCUCGAAAAAGGUAAUUUCGUAAUUCUUAUGGAAAUUUUCGAAAUCGUGUAAAAUUACUGAAAAUUCUGAUUGUCGAACAAUUUCUAUGAUUCUGUGAUUUCUAUAAAUUAAAGUGAUUAUUUUUAAGUAUUUUAUUGAACAACUUCUAUAUAUCUGAAGGCAAUAUAAAGCACUAUUUCUAUUAUCUAUUUUGUCAGGCAAACCCAAAGUCAUGCGGUUAUAACAGUUUUCUUUUCAAAUAUCUUAAAAUAAUUUGGAGGUGCUCUUAUUUUUGGCGUCUAGUUUUCUUCGUAUACAAACCAUUUAGGAUAUUUGGGCCUAAUUAACAUGUACCUUUUAAGUAUUCCGCCUAUCCCAUAUGCACAUACAUAUUAAAAACUAGACCAGCUCUAGCACAGUGAUCACCUCUAUAAGCAUAUUAAUUAAUCUAAAUAAAAAACAACAAACCUAAAUCAAAAUUUGAAAAGAAUCUAUUGUUGCAGUAACAAAAUUAAAAGUUAACAUUACAAUUGCAGUGCAAUACAGUUGAGUGUUGAUAAACAAAAUGCCAGUUGCAGGGCCGACAAACAGUUCUAUACUACAGUAUGUAUUUUUGUACACUUCACUUUCCAUAUUAUAAAAAACAAAAAAAU